CUCACGUUAGAUGCGCAUGAUUACACUUAGUAAAUCAGAGAGGAGGAUAUCAUAAAAAGGAAAAAGAGCGGACUCAAAACUUUUCCUGAGAAAAGCACCAAAAUAGUGCGCAGCAUAUGAGGCCACCUAGUCCGCCGCAUUAUUCGCCUUCUAGAAGACAUGAGUAGCUCGAAAUGAGGUCAACCCCCACGAACCUACAAAUAUUCCAAAGCAAUAGAAGUCGGUCGACUUGGUUGAGCCCACUCUGAAUCCUGUCGAUGACCGUGGAUGAAUCAUCCUCAAGAUGAAUACGGUCCGCGCCCAAUCUCAGGACAGUAUGGAAGAUACCCUCCCAUGUAGCUUCAGCUCUGCACCAAUGACAAACUUGUCGAAGAUGUAUCCACCUCGGGCAACUAUAAAUUUGGAGUCCUUCUAUGCUCCCAUCCUCAUAGAUCUACCAUCAAAACUUAUUUUGAGAAAAUGAGAGGAUGGGGCGCUACUUUCCAUCCCCUCGUUUUUGAGGGGAAAAAAAAGUCUCACUGGGUGUAUUCGUAUCGGUAUGGUAUGAAACACCAGCUUUAGCCAAAAAAAAAAAAAAAAAAAAAAAAAAAGGUCUCACUGCUCUUUCCCGCCGCGGACCUAUUCAAAACCACCGUUGCCGCAUCUACAAAGGCUCGAUGUCCCCCGGAAAGCCAUGCCACCCAAAUGAACGUUAGACCCUUCUCUUCUCUGAUCACGAGAAGCCCGGCUCUCACCAUCAUCCCUCGCUCGCCCAACCCAUUGGGAUCCCAUCACCGCCCCAGAUCAGACCUCGCCGCCUACGUCUCCCACCUCCAGCUUUGCGCCCUUCGGCGCCACCUCUCCAAGGCCCGGGAGGUCCACGCCCGCCUCCUCGCCACCGGCCUCCACGCCUCACCCUUCGCCGUCACCGCCCUUAUCACCCUCUAUUCCCGCUGCGCCCGCCCCGCCGACGCCCUCGCCGUCUUCCGCUCAGCCACCGGCCCUCCCAACCUCUUCUUCUGGAACGCUGCCAUCGCCGCCCUCGCCACCAACGGCCUCCCCGCUGAUGCCCUCCUCCUCUUCCGCAGCCUCCGCUCCGAGGCCGCCCUGCCCCCCGACGAGUUCACCUACCCCUGCGCCAUCAAAGCCUGCUCCGACCUCGGCGCCCAGACGGAGGUCCGGAAGAUCCACGCCGAGCUCUUCAAGGCGGCCUUUGAUACAGAGGUCUUCACCUCGAGUGCUCUGACCCGUUUGUACUUAAAAUUAGGCUUCGUGGAGGACGCUCGCAGGGUGUUCGACGAGUUGCCCGAGAGAGAUGUGGUCCUCUGGAACGCCAUGGUUAAUGGCUUCGCCCAGAGGGGCCAGUUCGCCAUGGCUCUCGAGUACUAUCACCGCAUGGUGCAUGAAGGGAUACUUCCAAGUAAAUUCACGGUCACCGGGAUCCUCUCGGUCUUCACCUCCACCGCCGACCUGAAAAAUGGAAGAAAGAUCCAAGCGUUUGCCAUGAAAGUUGGUUACGACUCCGAGGUGGCGGUGGCCAACGCUCUCAUCGACCUCUACGGCAAGUGCCACGCCGUGGAGGAGGCGGCGGAGGUCUUCGAGUCCAUGCCGGAGAGGGACCUCUUCUCCUGGAACUCCAUGAUAUCCGCCCGCCAGUACUCCGCCGACCAUCUGGAGACCCUCCGGCUCUUCGGCCGGAUGCGUCGCGCCGGGGUCCCGCCAGACCCUGUGACCCUCGCGGCCGUCCUGCCGGCGUGCUCCCAGAUGGCGGCCUUCUCCCUCGGCCGCGAAAUCCACGGGUACAUGGUCGCGACCGGCAUGAGGAAUAGCGAAGGAGACGUGUUCGUCGACAACGCGCUGAUGGACAUGUACGCCAAGUGCGGGGCUCUGGAGGAUGCGCGGAGAAUGUUCGACGGAAUGCCGGAGAGGGACUUGGCCUCGUGGAAUAUAAUGAUAGACGGGUACGCAGCGCACGGGCGGGGGCGGGAGGCGCUACGGCUGUUCGAGGGGAUGGCAGCGCCGGACGAGGUGACGUUCGUGGGCGUGCUGGCGGCGUGCAGCCACGCGGGGCUGGUGGAGGAGGGGCGGGAAGUGCUGCGGCGGAUGGGGGCAGAGUUCGGUGUGGCGCCGGCGGCGGAGCACUGGGCGUGCGUGGCGGACAUGCUGGGGCGGGCGGGGCGGCUGGAGGAGGCGCGGAUGGUGGCGGAGGCGGCGGGGGAGGCGGGUGCGGGGGCGUGGAGGACGUACCUAGCGGCGUGCCGGGCGAGGGGGGAGGCAGGGCGGGCGGCGGAGGCGGCGGAGAGGGUGGUGGGAUUGGAGCCGGCGGGGAGCGGGGGGUGGGUUCUGCUGGCGAACGCGCUCGGGGGGGCGGGGAGGUGGGGGGAGGUGGCGGAGGUGCGUCGGGAGAUGAGGCGGCGCGGGGUGAGGAAGGCGCCCGGGUGUAGCUGGGUGGAGGUGGCGGGGAAGGGGGUGCACGCCUUCGUGACUGGGGACCGGAACCACCCGGAGGCGGAAGGGAUCUACAGGGCGCUGCACGGGCUCAUCGGACGGAUGAGAGAGAGCCGGGAAGUUUCUGAUGCGAUGUUCAUCAAUGGCGAGUGAUCUUUAGUAUUCACGCCUGGCGUAGCCUCCCAUAUGCCUUCCGGUAUGUCAAUCGGAUACUGUCACUGUCACGUUAUAGGGUCGCAAGAGGUGAACCUUUGGCGGAUUUUAGUUUUACCCUCAUUUUUGCAAGUGAGGGGAAUUUUAUCCCCAUCUGAUAAAUUUUUCACUCAUGUAUUUUUUUUUUGUUUGCUCUUCUUUGAAAAAAUGAUAUGAAAAAUUAGUU